AUUGAAUUAUUCGGGCCGCUUCAAGAAAUUAUUUUUUUUAUUUUAGAAAUAGGCGUAAUAUUAGGAAGUUUAGGAGUAGUAUUACUUAGUAAUAUUGUAUAUUCAGCUUUUUUUUUAGGGCUAGUUUUUUUUUGUAUAUCUCUUUUAUAUUUUGCAUUAAAUGCGGAUUUUGUAGCUGCUGCACAAAUUUUAAUUUAUGUAGGAGCUGUAAAUGUUUUAAUUGUAUUUGCUGUUAUGUUAAUUAAUAAACCAGAGUCUUUAAAAAUUUUUCCAGUUUGGACUGUAGGCGAUAAAAUUACGUUAGCUAUCUGUUUAACUAGUUUUUUUUUAUUAGUAAAUAUAAUUUUAAAUACGUCAUGGUCUAAUAUUACUGUAAUUACAGAAUCAAAAGGUUUUUUAGAAUCAAAUUUUACACAAAAUGUUCAACGUAUUGGCUCUCUUUUAUUAACCCAAUAUUUGCUUCCAUUUGAACUUCUUUCUAUCGUCCUUUUAGUUGCAUUAAUAGGCGCUAUUGUUAUAGCUCGUCGAGAAAAUUUGAUUGAAACAAAUAAAAAAAAAGUUUUACAAAUAAAAAAAAGUCCUACAACUUUUUAA